AUGGCCACCGAAGGCGCGGCCCCCUACGCUCCCGAGUAUGCCUCGUACAAUUGGACCGGUGCUCCGUCGGACUACUCAACCUUGACUACCAAUGGCCUGGGUGGUGAUUCCAGGACGGAGAACUUGAACAAAUGGUACCAGUCCGGUGACCAAGCCUACAUCAUCGUCGCCUCCGCUAUGGUCAUGCUUAUGAUACCCGGUCUCGGUUUCCUCUACUCCGGUCUCGCUCGCCGCAAGUCUGCCCUUAGCAUGAUCUGGGCUUGCAUGGGUUCCAUGUGUGUCGUGACUUUCCAAUGGUAUUUCUGGGGAUACUCGUUGGCUUUCUCUCCGUCUGCCACCAAUGGGUUCAUUGGAAACUUGCGCAACUUUGGUUUGAUGAAGGUUCUGGCGGAUCCUAGCCCUGGAUCCCCGCUGGUUCCCAACCUGCUGUAUGCCUUCUACCAGAUGCAAUUCUGCGGAGUCACAGCUGCUAUUAUCAUGGGAGCCGUCGCCGAGCGUGGUCGCCUGCUCCCCGCCAUGGUCUUCACCUUCGUCUGGGCUACGAUCGUCUACUGCCCUAUCGCCUGCUGGGUUUGGAACGUGAACGGAUGGGCUUUCAACUACGGUGUCUUGGAUUAUGCUGGUGGUGGUCCCGUCGAAAUCUGCUCCGGUCUCUCAGCUCUCGCCUACUCGAUGGUCCUCGGUCGUCGCCAGGAGCGCAUGAUGCUCAACUUCCGCCCUCACAACGUCUCGCUCAUUCUGCUCGGAACCGUCUUCCUCUGGUUCGGAUGGCUUGGAUUCAACGGUGGCUCGUCUUUCGGUGCCAACAUGCGCGCUACCAUGGCCUGCUGGAACACCAACCUGACUGCUGCCUUUGCCGCUAUUAGCUGGGUGAUUCUCGACUGGCGCUUGGCUCGCAAGUGGUCUAUGGUCGGAUGGUGCUCUGGAACCAUCUCUGGUCUCGUUGCUGCGACUCCUGCUUCCGGUUUCCUUCCUCCUUGGGCCAGUGUUGUUCUCGGUAUCGUGACUGGCAUCGUGUGCAACUAUGCUACAAAGGUGAAAUACUGGAUCCGUAUCGAUGAUUCUAUGGAUGUGUUCGCAGAGCACGGUGUCGCUGGUAUUGUCGGUCUCAUCUUCAACGCCUUCUUUGCCGACGACGCCAUUGUCGGCCUCGACGGAGUCAACACCGGCUCCGGAAUGGGUGGAUGGCUUAUCGGCAACUGGAAGCAGCUGUACAUCCAGAUUGCUUUCAUCGUUGCCUCCUCCGCCUACUGCUUCGUCGUCUCCGCCAUCAUCGCCUACGCCAUCAACGCCAUCCCCGGUUUGAAGCUCCGCGCCUCUGAGGAAGCCGAACUCCUCGGUAUGGACGAUGACCAGCUCGGCGAAUUCGCCUACGACUACGUCGAGGUCCGCCGCGACUACCUCGCCUGGACUCCUCAGAAGCAUGACCAGCACGCCGACGGCCACGAGGUUCCCGCCGCCGCGCGCUACGGUAUCGGCGAGCACAGUGACAUGAUGUUGGACGGCCAAGCCCCGCCCGGUGGAUCCAACAGCCGUGGGAGCGAAGUCUCGGGCAUCCAGGAGGUCGCCGUCAAGGAGGAAGCCCAACGGCCGAUUCCGACCGAGUCUGAGAAGAUCGCUCCGGCGCCUUAG